GUUUCAGUCAGAAGUCCAGCUUUGUGAAACACCAGAGGACUCACAGGAGAGAAACCCAUUCAAAGUCCAAGAGUAACCAGAGGACUCACACAGGAGAGAAACCCUUUGAAUGUCCUGAUUAUGUGAAAGUUUCAUUAGAAAUCACCAAUUUCAGUCACAAUUCCAGUCUGGAGAUACAUCAGUGGAUUCACUCCAGGGAUAAACUGUAUGAGUGUACAAAUUGUGGGAAAAGAAAUUGCCACAUGAUGAGAAACCAGGGGACUCACACAGGAGAGAAACCCUUUGAAUGUUUUCUAUGUGGGAAACAUUUCAGUAAGAAUUCCCAUUUCAUGAGACACCAAAGGACUCACACAGGAGAGAAAGUGUAUGAGUGUCCUGUUUGUAACAAACGUUUCAAUCAGAAUUACAACCUCACGAGACAUCAGAGGACUCACAGAGGAGAGAAACCCUUUGAGUGUCCUAUUUGUGGGAAAAGUUUCAGAGAGAAACCUGAUUGUGGGAAAACUUUCAGUGAGAAAUUCAAGCUGGUGAUGAUACACCAGAGGAGUCACAUGGGAGAGAAACUAUACCAGUGUCUGAAUUGUGGGAAAAGUUUCAUUCAGAAUUCCACCCUGGUGGUACACCAGAGGACUCACACAGAAGAGAAACACUUUGAAUGUCCCGAUUGUGGGAAAGGUUUCAGUCAUAAGUCCACCCUGGUGAAUCACCAGAGUACUCACACAGGAGAGAAACCCUAUGAAUUUCCCGAUUGUGAGAAAAGUUUCAGUUAUAAUUCCAGCCAUGUGAAACACCAGAAGACUCACACAGGAGAGAAACCCUUUGAAUGUCCUGAUUGUGGCAAAUGUUUUGUUCAGAAUUUCACCCUGGUGGUACACCAGAGGACUCACAGAGGAGAGAAACCUUUGAAUAGGACUCACACAGGAGAGAAAUUAGGACUCACAGGAGAGAAAUUGUAUCAGUGUCAGGAUUGUUGGAAAAGUUUCAGUCAUAAGUCCAACCUGGUGAAAUGCCAGAGGACUCACAGGAGAGAAAAACUUUUCAAAUAUCCA